AUGGCUGAGAACGACGACCCUCAAGACUGGCCACCACUGACGGCCUUCUACCACUACGCCGGGCCUUCUUCUUCUUCUUCUUCUCAAUCCAACGCACCAUCAUCCACCGCCGCCGUCGCCGAGGCUACCACCACAAACGCGUCACCUCCCCCCAUAGCCGUCACCACCACCUACAACAACAGCGCCACCUCCACCACCAAUCACACCGCCCCCGUAACAAUCCUCAUCUUCCAAAACCCCAUCCAUCCGAGCUUCGUCGACAACGAUGACGACGACAAAAACGGCAACAAAAACGAGAGCGAUCCGCCGCUCGAUCUAUCCCGGUCCCCGCCCCAGCCGCGUCGCUGCGCCGGCUGCCACAAAGACUUCGCCAGCACCACCACCACCACCGCCGACGCCGACGAUGCCGACGCCGACGCCGACGACGACGACAUCGCCACCUUCCCCGUCCUCGCUGGGCCGCACUGCGACUGCACUUUCCACGCCGGCUGCCUCGCGCAGCCGUACUUCGACCGCGCGACGCUCUUGCCGGUGCGCAGGCGGAACGUGGCUUGUCCGGCGUGCGGGGGCGAGGGGUUCGCGGGGCGGGAGGCGGAGAUGGGGUGUUGGGAGGAUGAGGAUGAUGGGUGGGAGGGGGAGGGGAUUGUGAGUGAGAGGGAUGGUGGGGGCUGUGAUGGUGAUGAUGAUGAUGAUAUUGUUCAGUUUGAGAUGGUGCUGAGGGAGGAGGCGGCGGCGGCGGUGGUGGUGACGGAGGGGAUGGUGGUGGUUCGCUUGGAGUCUGAAUGGGAGGAGGAGGAGGAGCAGGAGCAGGAGCAGGAGCAGGAGCAGGAGCAGGAGCAGGAGGUGGUGGAGGUGGCGGAGGUGGCGGAGGGUAAGGUGGUUAGGCGGGCUGUGGCGUUUGCGGUCAUAGUGAAGUGGGCGAGUGGAGAUGAUGGGGAAGGAGGGAAGGAAGGGGAAGAGGGGAAGCAAGCGCAGCAGGACGCGAAGAUGCCAGGUGAUUCGGUUUUACCGGGUUGUGAGCGGCAAUUGGCUUCGCUGGAUCUUGAUCAGCCCCAGAAGCAGCAGCAGAUUCAGGAGAAGACGGUGACGUCUGCGGAGAAGAGGACGUAG